UUGAAAAAUUGUAAACUAUUUACGCAGAUACAAGUCGCUUCGCAAGAUAUUCAUUUAAUUCGUCGUUUGCUCGUUUGCGUGAUUACAUUAAAUGAAAAUCGCUAGAUUUUUGUAAAUUUCAUAAAACUGUAAGGAAUUUUUAUAAAAUUUGAAUAAUAAUUUGAAAGUGCAUUGCGUUGAACCUCUUUACUGCUGCUCCUCUAUUGCCUGGUAGACCUCGAUGUCAGAAAAAUAAAAAAACCAAAAAAAAAAAAGGAAAGACUCUUAUAACGAAUAUAACUUGGAAUCGCAUUGUUUGCUGAACAUGAAAAUGGCCUGCAUGCAAUUAGCCGUUAAGUAGUUCACCAUAACUAGAAGUUGGAAAUUGCUAUAGAGAAAACACAAAACCCAUAUAGAAAUUGUUGUGUGUGAAGCGUAGUAUAAUCAGUGAAAAAUUCGAUCUAAAAAUUAUACGACUCUACAGCAAAUAACUGACUGCCCAAGUGAUGUACUGUGAUAUGUAAUAAUGCGUUUCAUGACCGAUUCCCUAGUCAGAUAUGAUCGCCUCACACACAUUGCAAAAAUCAGACAAAUACUUUUUGUGCCGUAAAAAAAAGAAGACCAAGAGCAACUAAAACAUUAAGGACGUUUACGAUAUGAAAUUUCGACACCGAUGUCUGUCCUAGUGCAAUCAAUUGAGAAAAAAAUUAUUUCUGAUAUUCGAUAUAUUCGCGCAGAUCAUAAUUUGAAUAUUGGUCACGGUAUUACGGCAUUUAUCAUAAUAAUCGAAAAAUACUUAAUACUUGUUGGAAGUUGAGAUUGGAUCGUCAAAGAAGUUCACUGCAGCAUAUAUAUAGCUUCCUUAUAACUGUAAUAGUCGGCGUGAUUAUCUAAAGAUUUCGAUAUUUGAUAUUGUUAAAUACAAGAGGGGUAAGGGAAAUUUCGAAAUUCCUCUCGAAUUUCGAGCGAACAAACACGAUCGCCAAACAUUUGAUAUUAAUUUUAAAAUUAAUUUAAUUAAUUUUAAAUUUCUACUCGAUUAAUAUAUGCGAUACGCUCGUAUUGAUGAGGGUGCGGUGAUUUGACCUUGAAUUUGUUUCUCGCCAGAGAUUUGCGUCGCCUUGAUAGUCGUUUGCUUUAAUAUUAUGCGAUACUCUAAAUAAAAUAAAUUUGUGGUUAAGUAUUGAAUGUCAAUUAAACCGCAAAGUUAUUGUAUAGCAUUGAAUAGUAUUCAAUAAUUCCCAGAUUCGAUAGUUAGUUAACCAUGGACAGUGUAGAAGAGAAUAACGAAAUAUCGGAUUUAGUUUACAAGAUUUUAAACAAUUUCCUAAACAAGGAAUACGGUCAAGGAAAAUACAAGUAUGAUAUUAAAGGAGCUACCAAAAAAGGUGACAACUACUUGGGUGUGGUUUAUCGCGUAACAAUCAAAAUGCUAGAUAAUGAAGAAAACCGACAUCAGCUAAUAUUGAAAGUGCCGCCACAAAAUCUCCUUAGACGCGAAAAAUUUUUCGCUCGACCUGUUUUUCUGAGGGAAGCAUUAGCAUUCGAAAAGUUCUUUCCUUUGAUUUCCGAUUUUCAACAAGCUAAAGGGCUUUCGAUACAAGAAUCCUUUCACGAAUAUCCAAAAUAUAAAUUUUCUUCGACCGAUUACAUGAAUGAGGUUAUUUGUAUGGACGAUCUGCAACCGCAAGGUUUUUAUUUAUUUGAUCGCUUCGCGCCUUUAACGUACGAUCAUGUAACCAUUCUAAUGCGUAUAUAUGGUAAGCUUCACGCAACUUCACUAGUAAUUAAAGAUGAAAAUCCCGAGCUAUUAAGUGAAUUGCAAAAGAUGCAGGACAUUUUUGUUCAACAAAAAGAUUACGAACCUUUAAAUAAUUACUUUGAGAGCUUAAAAGUUAACGUUUUGGAAUGUAUCGAUAAGCAGCGCGAACAUGACUAUUGGUCAAAACUGAAUGAGUAUUUAAAAAGUGCUACAAUAUUUGAAUUAAUGUUGAGCAUUCUCGAUUCGAAAAGCAGCGAGCCAUAUUCUGUGAUAUGUCACGGCGAUUGCUGGAUUAAUAAUAUUAUGUUUAAAUAUGAGAACGAUCGAAUUAAAGAUGCUUGCUUGAUAGAUUGGCAAAUAAUGCGUUAUGCUUCACCAGUAAUUGAUUUGAUGUACUUUUUAAUGUGCUGCACUACAGGAGAAUUUCGUCAAAAAUAUUUCCAAAGUAUGAUAGACAUCUAUCAUAAAUCGGCUACCGAUCAUAUUAAAAGAUUGGGCGCAGAUGCUGAAAAGCUAUAUUCACGUAUUAGUUUGGAUAAAGAAUUAAGAGGAAAAGGUGCCAUAGGCUUGCUAUUCGCCACAUUUGUUUUACCUAUACUGACGACAAGAAGCGAAGAUGUACCUGAUUUAGAGAUAUUAAGUGAGAAAGUAGCAGCUGGCCAAACAAUUGAUAUUAAAGAUUCAGGAAUUCAUGGUGAAAAUGCCAUUCUCUACAAUAAACGAAUGCAUGAUGUAGUUACUGAUACCGUUGAUUAUGGAUGGAUCUGAGUUUAUUAUAUUAAAUAAACAUUGUUAUUUAGUUAUUUGUUAUCAUUAAAUCAUAUUUUGCGCUUACCUUA